UUGAAGACCUGAGGUUUGACAUGACCAGCCACAUGUUCUACAGCUCCACAGGUUUCUCCAAUAAUGGCUGGUACACCCAGACCGUGUUGUUCCGAGACCUUCAACCUAUGCUACAGAACAGGGGCAACGUGUACUACUCCUGGCACGCCCUCGCCCACGCCUACAGCUGCACGGAAGAGAGGUGUCCGAAUGGGGCGCCUGUGGCGUGCGUCAACGACGGCUUCGUCUCCUACAUCGACGACAGCGCCUGCGCAUGUAUCUGCCCACCUGGCCUGGAUCCUGCCAAAGGCUGCUCUGACGUCAUAAAACAGGUGCCCGCCCCCACCAAAUGGCCCGGGGGGACAUACGCCCUGCCGUCCCCUACUGACGGGUGCCCCGGGGACGUGUUCCUGGAGGGGUCUGUACAACACACCAGUGACGGGCGCAGCACACAGAGCGACAUCGUGCACGUGAAGGGGGAGUUCACAGCCAGCAGCUUCAAGUACCACUUUUGUGUGAAGGACAGUUCCACCAGCACUGACGCUGACACAGCUGAAUGGGGACCAGGCAGAUACUGUAUACUGAAGAAAGGAGACUGUCCUACUGGUUUUGAAAGUGGAUACGUCAAGUAUGACAACCUUGCCGAGACCACCACAACUACAUCUGGAUCUGUGCCCGACGGUGUCUAUGAUGCAGACACUCAGUUUGAUUUUUGUUGCCGUGAUGACGGUUACCCCAAAGAACCUCUCAACCUCCCCAACACUAAACCACUUAUCUUGUUCCGUCACAAUGGAAAAUCUGAUGCCUGUCAAACAGUUGAUGGGAUGUUGGCGUAUCCUGAAUUCCUGACCUUUGACGAGGACAAUGAAGGCCAGUCCGCCUACAGCCCCAGUUUACUGGCAAAGAAAUUCAUUUACUGCUACUAUGUUCCUGCCAACACAGACUGUGGAGGCCUGUAUACGUUGACCAAAGACAACCCCACACAGACAAUAACAUCCCCUGGCUAUCCCAGUCUGUACCCCAACAACGCUGACUGUUUCUGGAUAUUUACGGCACCUGAGGACUCAACUAUCCUGUUGGACUUUGAUGACUUCGACAUCGCCACUUCAGGGUCAGGAAGUGAAGAUGAACUCCGUGUGAGAUCUGUUCUGCUGGGCGAGAACCCUUCACGUACAUACUGUGGGGACUCCCAACACCGCAGUAUUCGGACUGUACGAAACACUCUGUCUCUCAACCUCCGGACCAACCUCGAGGGGCAGAGGAAGGGCUUCAAGGCCAAGGUCAGCCUGGUCGCACCCGAGAACCACUGCUACAAGAUGGCCGACAAGGGCGUCACGUACAACGGUAAAGUCUCGUUCACGCGAGAUCGCAAGACGUGUCUUCCUUGGAGUGAGACCACCUCGUGCCCACAUCACCUGUUUAAUCCAAGUGACUUUGAUGCCAACUUGGAGAAAAACUAUUGCCGUAACCCUGACAACACAUUCCGGCCGUGGUGCUACACGGGGGUCUACGAGGGCCAGUGCGACAGGGACUACUGUGAUGUAUGUCAGCUGGAGAGCAAGUUCGACAACUUCCCCGACUGUGAGGAACUGGAGAAGGAAGGCUUCUGUGAGGGGGAUCUGGCGGAGGCCAGGGCUGGGUGUGCCAGAACGUGUGACACGCCUAGUGUACCUGUCACCCCAGUAACGACGUGUUCGGCACCCGACGAUGUUACUGAUGCUGACCCCGUGACGACGCUGAGUUCCAGCUACGACGUCGGGGACACCGUGGAGUUCCGUUGUAAAUCUGGUAGUGACACCCUCACCAGGACGUGUUUGACCGACGGGACCUGGUCACCUGGAGGAUAUGUAUGCGGAAGUUGCCCUAGUGGCUGGUCUGCUUACAACGGCAACUGUUACUUGUACGUCAACGUGGGGCAGAACUACGCUGAUGCCAGUUCCCACUGUCAGGCGCUGGGAGCUAUAGUCUCACCCACCAAGGACAUGGAAGAACUAGAAUUUGUAACAUCUUUACGGUAAGAACUAACUUUUGGAUCAAUGUGGAUCGGGGGUACAGACAUCGACACAGAAGGACGUUCACGUGGUCUGAUGGUACCCCUUUACCUGGACAAACUGG